AUGGAGUCAAGAAGUCGGACACUCUUCUGCCAGGGCUGUGGGGACUUCGUUUACGACCACGGUUUGGAACGAUUGCGCUCGUCGACAUCAGAAAGCGCGUUGAAACUUGCCAAAAAACGUCGAUUCAGCGAAAGCUCGCACGACGACGUGUACAUUCGGAGCAAUGCCAACAGACGUCCGUGUGCAAAGCAAGGCGUUCGUGGAUUGUUUAAUCUCGGACAGACCUGCUACCUGAAUGUCAUUCUUCAAACGCUUCUCCACGACCCACUUCUCAACACAUAUUUCCUGGGAAAUGGCCAUCAACAGCACGAUUGCACGGUGCAAGAUUGCAUAGGCUGCGCAGUGUCGGAAGCCUUCGCAGACUUUAACAGUAGCGACAAGGCGGAAGGCUUUGCUGCUCUGAGUCUUCUUCUGGCGUCGUGGCGUGCGAGCCCGACACUGGCGGGAUAUCAGCAACAAGACGCCCACGAAUACUACCAGUUUCUUGUUGACAAGCUCCAUGCGAGCACCGAUGAACACGAGGAAAGCCAUGACAAGAGCUGUCCUUGCUUCUUCCACAAGACAUUCUAUGGCAAGCUGCGGAGCAGCGUUACAUGCGACAAAUGCGGCAAUGUCACCCGUACCGAUGACCCCAUGAUCGACCUGAGUCUGGAUGUGCAGGUGCAGGCGAAGAAGCGCGCGAUGGGCAGCGGUGGCCCUUCAGCACCGCCCACCUUGAGCGGGUGCCUUGACAGCUUCACAUCUUCAGAAAGGCUCAUGGCAGGCGUCUACAACUGCAGCGGAUGUGGCGGGACACCGCAGAAAGCUACCAAGCAGCUGCGAAUCAAGAAAUUGCCGGCAAUUCUCUGUAUGCAGUUAAAACGCUACGAACAUACAUUCUCGGUCUCGGAGAAGUUAGAAGGCAGAAUUGACUUCCCCUUGUCGAUCAACAUGCUUCCAUACACGACGAACCCCCACUCCAACGUCGACAAAUCGCGGUACAUAUACGACCUGUCGUCGGCCGUGGUACAUAAGGGGAAGCUGGACGCCGGUCAUUAUUAUGUCUACUGCCGCCAGGGUGACCAGUGGAUGCUUUUCAAUGAUGACCAAGUCACCGCCGUGACAGAGGCCGAAGUGCUCAACGCAGACGCCUAUCUGCUGUUUUACAAUCUUCGGUCCUUAGCCGGCGCUCCGAGGUAG